GUUCCGCACGUUAUUACCUAAGAUAUUAGUUUAUUGCUAAUUUCAAUAUAACAAUAAAAACUUAAGAAAUUGUAUUUGUGCAGGAGAUACAGCUGUCUAUUCCAUUAAGUUUUGAAAAUUUAUAAGGUAGGGAUUGUUUGUUUUUGUUCCGGCAAUUUGGCGAUUCAGCAUGAAAAAGCCGGCUGAAAAGUUUCCUUUCAUGAUUCAUUUGUUAACGUAAACAACUCGGCUUUGGACUCUCGUUUUGGGCGUAUAAAAGAUUCUAAUUCAUCCAGCAGGAAACAAUUAAAUUGAGAACAAUGCAUUCUCCAAGCGAUGAUGAGGAACAUGAAAAUGAUGACUGGAAUCAAGCACAAUUUCGGAAAACAGCAGUUCUGCUUGUGGAUUGCCAUGAUGUCAAGUCUCUGCAGAUUGCUCUCAAAGCUGCAUUCAACUACUUUGAUAGUACUGUAAUGACCAAUCAUGGUAAACAGAUAUACUUGGAUCUCCUCUUGUGUCAUCCUGAUAUAAACAAGCAAACCAUUGUGGACAGCAAAACCAAUGCAGUGGAUGCUUACCAACUGCUUUUCAAAUUAUCAAGAAUGUCUGAAGCUGACCUUGAAGUGAAUUACAAAGUCACUGAUGCCAAUGAGAAGCCUUUUUCUUCUUAUCUUUUGAAUGCUAUGAAGCUCAUCACGGAUCAAAACACUAGCAUCAUGUAUGCUACAUCUAUAUCUGAUCCAUGUCUUGAUGAGCAGGACAGACUUCAAACAAUGGCUCAUUUUAUUAAUCUGCAAUACUGUGGCAAUACUUUCAAAGUGUUUGCUUUGAGUGACACACUGGAUUUCAGUGUUUUCUAUGAUGAAGUCUAUGACACACUGGACCAAAAGAAGUAUCACAAAUAUUUUGAUGUCAACACUUUAGGAGAGAAGCUGCUAGAUGCUAUUCAUAUUAAAGAGCACACAAAGUGUUUUAACCUGUUCCCUUAUCCGGAAUGUCCGAAUCCAUUGAAGGUUUAUUCACUCAAUGUGGUCAAGAAAUAUCCAUACCGUGCGCCAGUUGCAAUUCAUAACACUACUCGGCAGUUGCUAACUCAGGAACAGCGACCACCUGAACAUCCUUUAAAUGCGAAAACUGGAUAUUUUGUAAGGCUCGGAAAAGAUGGGCAAAUGAGUGUUGAAAUAUCCGAGGCAGAGUACAAAGAGGCGCAACGCCUUGAUGAUAUUCCUAAGGGCAUUACGUUGAUGCAGGCGAAACCGCUUGCAGAACGUCCUUACUCUAUCAAGGGCCUUGGUCUACAUAAAACAAUGCUAUUGGGCGCGGACUCAAAGGAUCCAUCUGCUUUCAGGAGUCUGUGGGCUGCCAUGAAAGACCUACGUCUCCUCUGCCUCUGUAAGUUCACCGACCCGAGAGUAUUUUGGGCUGAAAUGGUGCCUGUACUGGUGGAAGACACAUGUCAUUUCUUGCUACGCUUCAUACCGCAAAAAACUGAAAUAUUUGCAAACAAGAUAGGCGGUGAUGUUCCAAAAUUAAAAACCACAGAUUUGCGGCAAGAUGUUUUGGAUGAAUUGAUUGAUGCAUUCCAAAUUGAUUCAUGGGAGACUGUUCUUCACACCAUGGUUCCUCCCAGGGUGCAGAGAGAGGCAGAGUAUGUAAAGAAAGAGUUGCUUGGUAGUGCGUACCAACAGGCGAAGGUAAUUGAUUAUCCUGAGAUGAAGUUGUAUCGUGGGGAAGAUUUGCAGAUAGAGAAGUGUUGCAAGGCGCUGGAACUGCACUCUAAAAGCGAACGCGAAGUCAAGAAAAGGAAGCGUUAAAUUUUUUCAGCAAAAUAUACAAAAUAUAUUAUGUUAUGUCUUAAAAAUAUAUUCAUUUAUAUGUGUUUAAUUCAAAUGAUUAAUUUUUGUUACUAUGGUCUAAUUAUACUUAUAAUACUUACUACUUAUAAUUCUUUUGUGUUAAAUGUAAGUAUUUUAGGAAAAUUUGAAAACAUGCUGUGGAAAACACCCUGUAUCUUGCAAA